AUGAAGCAAACGCUUCAAGCGACGAGAGAUAACACCGAUGUCCGCGUAUGCGCUGCAAGUGAUGCUUGUCAAACCUCGCCGUGCAAACUGCAUCCAGCGGAUACAACCGACGACCGAGUGUUCCACACGCACAUUCAAGUGCGACCAGCAUUGCCUCAUCGGAUUAUUUGUUUGCUCGUCAGUCAAGGACAACGGCGGGCAUGCCGGCAGCCGAGGUUGAUGUCGCUGUCGAUGCUGAUGUCCCUCAGUGGAUUCUCGUCAAAUGCCCGCAAAGAGCCGAGUUCUGGAACAGUCUCGUCGCCGAAUACAUUGCUCGAUCAUGUCUCAGAUCAGCCGCAAUAA